CGAAAUUGUGAUCACGAUAUCACACAGUUUUAACCAAGAUUGCUGUCGGCGCGGCAACUGGCGCCGAACCUACUCGUGAGGUUAUCAGCACGGCGCGUGCGCGACGCCACAGCAUCGACAAUAAAUACGUCGAGUGGACACCGACCGCAUCAGUCUUCCAAGUUUGUCACACGAUAAGAACGUGCUACGAUGGUUAAAAGUGUUCUACGCGGUGAAACCUGCGGGUACUGCAGCGCGUGCGUGCGUAUACGCCUGUGCACGGCGCGCGGCCGGAGUCCUGAACCUGUAGAGUGUGCUUACAAGCAUAUCUUGGAAUCAUACGGGAGCGGCAGCGGAGCACCCGUGAAGACGCUAGAAGCCCCCAAAGCAGCUUGUUCUUCUUGUCGGUGGACGUCUGAUGCACAGUUUCCUGAAACCCCGCCCUCCUACAGCGACCUCAGCCAGGAGUGGAGUUCCAGAUCUUCCACCCGUUCUCGGACACGCCGGCGCAAGAGAUAGAUGUUAUUGCGUCAGAUUUUGGAAUUUCUCUACGGGUGCUUAUCCUCAAGUACGUAUUUGACCUCUCACCGUAAGAUCUCGUCGGUGAAAAUGUCUUAAAAGUGCUACUUUUAAUUUAUUCGCUGU